AUGGGAAGCCAAAAUAAUGAUCCAAGCGUUGCAGGUUCAUCAAUUGCACUUCUGCAAGAAAGAUUUAGGCAGUUGGAAAGAUUAAGGGAGAAGAGAGAAGAAAGAGAAGUGGUAAAACUCUUGUCCGAGCCCAAAUGGAUGAUGACUUCGACCGAGACUUGUCAUCAGCUACCUAAGAUUUCCUUCCCUCACAAAAGGCAGUGCCCAUCGUCACAAGUGCCCGUUCAAAAUCCCCUCCAUCUUGGACUCGGCAAGCACGGAGAUUUCCAAGCCAUGAAGAGUCGUUCACUGCAUUCAACUGAGACGAGGGAGCCUGAUAGUUUCGAAACGAGUGAUGUUGAUACUUCUCUUCAUCUGUAG